UGACCCAACUCGCUUCUCUCCCUCUCCCCACCCACUCACCCACCACCACCACCACCACCCCACACACACACACACACACCACAUUCCUUACGCUCAUCCGCUCACCUCAUACGGCUGCUUGCAGAGGGGAGAGACCGAGUACACGUACCUGCUUUCGUCCACGCACCCACCGCCUCCCCCAUCGCACCACCCCUCGAGUGCGACCAACCGGUUCGAGCGCAGGCAGCAGUGACAGGGCCCUGACGGCAUACUGAAGAGAUGAACGACAGCGAAGAGAUGAUGGAGGAGAGCAUCGGCGGUGGCAUCCGCAAUGGUGGAGGCGUACAUGUGCUGGAGAGUGACGAGAUCGCGAUGAUGGACAACGACAGCGAGGCUAGUGGUGGUCUCGGGCAGAUGGUCAUGGCCACGCCAGCUGGUGGAGAUGAGGCAAGGAAUCACCGUGCGAGUGGUGAGAUCCAACUCAUGAUCCCGAGGAACCGAGCCAGGGCUGGGAGUGGUAGGCUAGGCCGCCAGGGAGGCACUGGCUCGGAUGUGGGCCAGUCACCCGUGGCCGGAGACAUGCUCGCGCCGCUAGGCACGGGCACCACACCACAACUGGAGUCGUUCCCGCUCAUGCCGAUCCCGUCGCCGCAGCUGCGGCAAGAUCUCAGCGGAUGCUGCCCGAUGUGUGGCCAGCAGGCCGGCGGGAGCGUAGGCGGGCUGGCGGGCGCAUGCGGUGCCGACUUUCGCGUCGAGCACAUGGACAACGACAGCGAUGCAGAGACAGUGAGCGAGGCUGCAGACAACGACGCCGAUGUCGUGCUGGCGUGGAUGGCGUCGGCAGAAAGUCUGCAGAUGCUGCAGCCGCCGCGGCUGGCCGAGUCGCACUUUCGGAUCCUCGCCGGUGCGCACUCGGUGUCGGACGGCGACGAAUCGGGUGAGGACGACGAGGCUGCCGAGGAGGUGGAGACUGCCGGCUCACGGCGGCGGCGGCAGAGCGUGCGGCUGGCCGAUCAGGCCUUUGCCACGGGCUACUACCGGCGGUUCUUCCAGGAGCUGGGGAAAAUCGGCUCGGGCUUUGCCGGCGGAGUGUACCUCUGCCAGCACCACCUCGACGCAUGCGACCUCGGGCUGUACGCGCUCAAGAAGAUCCCGGUCGGGACGGCGACGGCGCUGUUGGAGGCGACGCUGGAGGAGGUGCGGAUUCUGCGGCGGCUGCAGCACCCCAACGUCAUCCACUUUAAGCAUGUGUGGCUCGAGAUGGCCGAGAACCCGGCCGACUUUGGCCCGCCGCUGCCGUGUCUCUUUGUGCUGAUGCAGUUUGCCAACGCCGGCAACCUCGCCGAGCUGCUGGGGCUCAAUGCGGCGCCGCCGACGCCGGCGGAGCAGGCCGCCGCGAGACGGGCCGCCGCCCGUGGCAUGAGUGCGCCCGACGCCGGGAUGGAGCUUCCGCUGAGCGUGGUCUGGGCCAUGCUCCGUGACGUGCUCUCAGGCCUGGCGUACCUCCAUGACAACGGCAUUGUUCACUGCGACAUCAAGCCGGAGAACAUCCUCGUGCACGAGUACCUCGCCGACGAUCUCGAGGCGUCGCGGCGGAGCCGGUUCCAGCGCGACACGGCGCAUCUGCGGCUGUUGCUGACCGACUUUGGCCAGUCGCGGAUGCUCUCGGACGCGCACGUCCGGUCGGGCAACACCGGAACGCUGCGGUACACUGCCCCCGAGCUACUGGCCCACGCUGAGGCCGGCUCGCGGUUCGCGCACCUGCAGACGUAUGCGUCGGACGUGUGGGCCCUCGGCAUCACCUUUUACCAAAUGGUCACCCGCCAGUCGCCGUACGACGAGCGCCGCGAGCUCGGCGACCAGAUCCAGGCGCUCCCCAGCGCACCGCGUGGUGCUUGGCCGCCUACCACCGGGCAGGCUGACGUCGACGCCGUCCUUGCCAAGAUGCUCGCCCUCCACCCGCGCGAACGCUCAUCGUCUGCCGCGCUCCUCGCCGCCAUCACCGCCCGGCUCGGCUCGGACGCGCCGCAGAUCUCGCGUGCCAUCAUCCCGUACGCUGUACGCCGCCGGCAGGUUGUCAUUGCCCAGCGCCGGGCACGGGUCGGUCGCGAUGUGGCCCUCGCCUCGGCCCUGCCUGCGCUCACCUUUCCUCGGCUGGCGCUGCCGCCGGCAGGCAACGCCGACGCCGACGGCGUCGAGGACGAGGGUGCGUCUGCACGGCACGGCUCGCCGGUUCUAGGCCCGCACGAGAGUGCGCCUGACGCCAGGCAUGGCGAUGGCGUGUCGUGGACGACGAUGGGCUCGGUGGCCGUGGUGGCGUUUGCGGUCGGAUGGUCGGUCGGACAAACAAUGAGCUGACCGCACACGCCCGCCUCAUCUGCUGCUCAUACCUUUACCGCAGCUAGGCGAUCGCCGCUGUUAGGUGGUCACUGCUCGGGCACCGGCUCAAAGUCCUGGGCCAUGACAACGCGGUAGCGAACGGCGUUGUCGCGGAGCUUGUCGAGGGCGGCGUUGACGGCCGACAUGGACGAGUGCUCGAUGACCGGGGCAAUGCCAUGCUUGCGGAAAAGGCCAGCAUCUCGGCCUGCUCCUUGGGCGAGCCGAUGAGCGAGCCGCAGAGGGUGAUGCGGUUG